AUGAAGCCGGACACUGGCUUCCAGAUUGAAAAUUGGGGCCUGAAAGGGUCUUUCAGAACGGUCCAACGCUAUCUUAAAAAUGAUCUUGGUGCUAAGAUCUACAAGAGUCCAAAGAAGAGCCUGAAGUUUGCCCCGAAGCAGACAGACUGGACUACUGAAGAUUGGAAACGUGUGGAACGGUCGGACUGUCCCAAGAUGAGUUGGAUCGAGGGAGUAGGUGAUGAAGUAGUGCUCGUCCUUGCUGCUCUAGUUCUCGUUCUCAUAUUGCUCAUCGCAUGGCUAUCGACUUCAGCGAGAGACCCGGACUUUAACGUAGUCAAUGUGAUUUUGGGUGAGAUCGGAAGGAUCACCUCGGAUAGAAGGAAUGAAGCUGCGCCGCCCGAUCAGCCAAACUCUCGGGAAGGGACACCCGCAAAUCAAUCUCAAGGCAACAUUCAAAGGCCAGGACUUCUGCCUGAUGUGUCCAACGGCAGGCAGAGUUCACUCUCUAGUCUUCCACACAGUGAUUGGAGCUGCCAAGAAAAUACAAGUUCAUCGAGAGAUGAACACUCUCUGCUUGCCGAAACAUCUCAGAUUGACCCAGCAGUUCCUGGAAGUCAUCCCACUGUUAUUGGUCCUGUUGACAGUGAUGUCUCCAUUAGGUCUUCACCUGGGCCAGAUGUGCUACCAACCACUUCAGGUAGUGGCUCAUGUGAUGAUGGAGUAUUCCACACUUCUGAUCGUGCUGCUCUUGGAGAAAGAACACCUGUUGCGCCCUCAGCAACAGGGGAUCUUUCAAGUGCCACCCCUAUAGACCACAUAACCCCACCUGAAUCCUCAUUGGCCCAGGGACAGGGCGAAUGCACAAUCCUUCCCGGUUCUCAAGUUGAGUCAGAAGCUACAUCAAUUAGGCUGAGGCCUAAGGCUGAUAUGCCUACUAGACCAAGCCCCUAUGAGCCGUCAUAUCACACAGAAUCUGUUCCAUCUGUAGAAAGUGCUGUCAGAGAUGCCAUUCGAGUUAGGUUGAAGUUUUUUAACGAUACUCAAAAGGUUGCUGAUGCAUACUUGGAGGAGACUCUUGGAGAUUUCAAAAGACGAUACUUUGAGAAUGAGCUGCAAUCCAACAAAUUUGUGCGCCUCAUCUACAAUGGGCGGCUUCUUUCUCAGGAUUCUGAAACCCUGGGAAAUUACGGCCUCUCAAAUAAUUGUGUGCUCCACUGCCUCGUGUCUCAGGGUCAGUCAAACACAUCAGCGGCCCCCAAUGCCCAGCGGGAUACCCUGCAUGUCAGGCAGGAGGACCUGGACCUGGACCUGGGGAAUUUCAUGCUCCCCAUCUUUGCAGUCAUUUUGAGCAUCAUUUGGUAUUGCUGGUUUGAGUUUGGUCAGUUCUUUAAUGCCCCAUCAACCAUUGCCCUUAUUGGACUCACUGGUAUACUCAUAAUUUCUGUGGUGGCUGUGUAUGGACCUCAUCAUUUCAAUCAUGACCUCCUUGGCCAUCACCAUGAAAAUCAGCAACCCAACAAUGCUCAACCAGCCAGAUAAAGGAGUAUUGGUUUCAUUUGUUUGUGUUCCAAACAGAUCAGUGAGAGUUUUGGCUUGUAGCCACAUUCAAUCAUGCCUGUGCUUUCCCCUUUGUGUGAUAAAAGGUGUCAUAGUUUGAAUGUGCAGAAGUCUAUGUGGUUGAGCAUUAUGUUUUAACUUGAAUUCAUGAUUACUUGAGCUCAUUUUCAUAAUAAAGAAACUCAACAUAAAAUUUCAUUCUUGGGAUUUUGGCAUUAGUGUGUCAGUAGUCAAAGCAGUAGAGGCUUUUCCUCAGAUAGUCAUCCUCUUUAGGCUGGAGCUUUAAUUUUGAAGACCUCUUUCCAGUAUCACACCCAUGAGAAAAAGUUGUUCUUCAAUAUUUCUUUGAGUGAACAUGUGCAGUUGUCUCUGCUACAUGUAUGGAUUUAGGAGAAAAGACUCCAAAAAAUUCCACUUCUAGGGGUCUCAAAAUGUGAAAAGGACUUCAGCUGCAGCAAGGAGUUAGGCAGAUAUCAAGCAAUCAUGCAAUGCACAUUUCACUAAACCUGUUCUAAAUUGAUGAAAACACCAUAGAUCA